AUGUCGGAACCUAAGAGCACCGUCGAUUCCAUCAGGGAAUGGGUUGUCGAGCAUAAGCUUCGAGCUGUCGGGUGUCUAUGGCUCAGUGGAUUAGCGGGUUCAAUAGCAUACAACUGGUCUCAGCCCAACAUGAAGACCAGUGUCAGGAUCAUUCACGCCAGGUUGCAUGCACAGGGUCUGACGCUGGCUGCAUUAGCCGGUGCGGCAGUGGUUGAAUACUAUGAGCACAAGUCUGGAGCAAAGGCUGACAAAUAUGCGAAGUACUUCAACAUUGAGAACUUUUCACACAAGGAUUAA